GUCGCCAAACUAGACGUGUCAAUUGUCAAAAUAUUAGGUGACGUUAUAUUUAUUCAAUCGUAUCGUGCGAAAAUUCCGCAAGUGUAUGCCGUUUCACCACCAACGUACCGUGGAUGAAACGCCUUAAACGCAUCUUGUGACACGAAAUCGUCGUAGCUUGUGAAACCGAACGAAAUAACAGAGUAAACGGUGCGCGGCGUUUCGCCUAACAAUGGGAUUAACGAUAUCUGCCGUUUUCACACGGCUCUUCAGCAAAAAGGCGAUGCGAAUCCUGAUGGUGGGACUGGACGCCGCCGGUAAAACCACCAUUCUCUACAAACUGAAGCUGGGCGAAAUUGUUACCACCAUACCAACUAUAGGUUUCAACGUCGAAACGGUUGAAUACAAAAACAUCUCGUUCACCGUAUGGGACGUCGGCGGUCAGACCAAAAUACGUAAACUAUGGAGGCACUACUUCAGCAACACGGACGGCCUGAUAUUUGUGGUGGACUCGAACGAUAGGGAACGUAUCAGUGAGGCCAGCAGUGAAUUGCACAGCAUGCUGCAGGAGGAGGAGCUGCGGGACUCCAUUCUGCUCAUUUUCGCCAACAAACAGGACCUGCCCAAUUCCAUGUCGUCCGCCGAACUGACUGAUAAACUCAAUUUGAAUCAGCUGAAGAAUCGUAGGUGGUAUAUUCAGGCGACUUGUGCCACUCAGGGUAAUGGGUUGUAUGAGGGUCUAGAUUGGUUGUCUAAUGAACUGGCUAAAUAAUUAAAUAGGUGUAAGAUGUAAAUUUAUGUAUCUCUUUGGUGCGCAAUUGGUUCCAUUCCCUAUUUAUCUAGUUUAAAUGUUUUAUUUUAUUUCCAUUGUACAUAAUGCAUCCAAGAGAUACGUGAAAUAACGUUUUCAGUUAAUUGUUUUAAUUUCAGAUUUUGUUCAGUAUCUAGAUUUUAUAUCAUACAAUGAUAAGGUUUAAAACAUCUUUAAUUUUAAACUGCUGUUUACUUGACUAUUACAAUGAAACUGAAUUAGUGUAAUGCAAGAAAUUUUUGUAAGAUAUGUUCUAAAAUAAAACUUUAAAUAAUUAA